GCGCACGCCGUUCCGCCGCAAUGGAUCCCAACAACCAGGGCUACGGCCAAGCGCAGGGCUACUACAAUGGACAGCAGCAGUACAACAGUGCGCCUCCUCCGAAGCAGUAUCAACAAUACGAACAGGGCCCUCCGCCGCAGCAAUUCCAACAGCAGCAGUAUCAGCAAUACGACAAUGGUGGACCUGGACCGCAGGAGCAGAUGCCCAACCCGCCUUCGUACGGCCAGAACUACAGCUCACCGGAUGGCAAAGCUGGUUUCGAGCAAACGUUCAAAGUCGAGCGUCCCAAGUGGAAUGAUCUCUGGGCCGGCGCAUUGCUGAUUGUCGUCUUUCUGGGAUACGUUGCCAUCAGUGGUUACUGUCUCCAUUCUUACGCCUCGAACAGCAGCCUUAACAAUGGCGGUUUCUCCAAUACCGACAACACAUUCGGCCUCAAUGGAAACACUUUGGUCCUCUUCGCCUUUGUCCUGGUCGCUGCUCUGGUUCUCGGGUACGCCUACGUCGUUAUGGCACGCAUGUUCACCAAGCAAUUCAUCUGGAUCAGCGGUAUCCUCAACAUCUGCAUGACCAUUGCAACGGCCGUCUACCAGUUCUACCGCCAUGCUUACGUCGGAGGUGUACUCUUCGCGCUUCUCGCCGUCUUCACCAUCAUCUGCUUCAUCUCAUGGAUCAAGAGAAUCCCGUUCUCCGUGUUGAUGUUCCAGACUGCCGUGGAUGUGUCGAAGAAGUUCGGUCACGUUUACUUGGUCUCUUUCAUGGGUGGCUUGAUCGCAGCUCUUUUCGCCGCCUGGUUCGCUGCCACGCUGGUAGCCGUCUACAUCCGAUUCCAGCCUUCCAACAACAAUCCUGCGUGUGCUGCUGGAGGUUCUGGAGGAGACUGCAGCAAGGCCACUGUCAUUGGACUGGUCGUGUAUAUCACUUUCGCUGGAUACUGGAUCACCGAGUGGCUCAAGAACACCAUCCACGUUACCAUCUCUGGAGUGUAUGGCGCAUGGUACUUCAACCCAAAUAAUCCGGCGAAGGGCGCCACUCGCGGUGCUGCGAAGCGGGCGUUGACAUACUCAUUUGGCUCAAUCGCAUUUGGUAGCUUGAUCGUUGCCAUUCUCGACUUUCUUCGAUUCGCCUGCUCCAUCGCCCGUGGAAAUGGAGGGACCGGUAACCCAGUCGCUGACUGUGCAUUCUGCAUUCUGCAGUGCAUUCUUGGUUUGAUCCAGUGGGCGAUUGAGUUCGUCAACCGAUACGCCUUCAGCUACAUCGCCCUCUACGGCAAAGCAUACAUCGCCUCUGCCAAGGGCACCUGGAAAAUGAUCAAGGACCGUGGCAUCGAUGCACUCAUCAACGAGUGUCUUGUCGGUCCAGUCCUCUCAAUGGGCUGCUUGUUCGUGGCCGUUUGCUGCGCGCUGGUCGCCUACAUCUACCUGGACGUCACCGACCCAGCAUACAACGAGGGUGGAGCUUUUACCGGAGUCAUCGUCGUUUAUGCCUUCCUCAUCGGUCUUCAAAUUGCCAGCUGCUUCGUUGUGCCGAUCAACAGUGGAAUCGAUACCAUCUUCGUUGGAAUGGGCUGGGACCCUCAGUGCCUGAUGCAGCAGCAUGGAGAUUUGUACCAGAGAAUGGUGCAGGUGUACCCUCAUGUAAGUCGGGCGAUGCGGUGUGGUGAUCCAAAUGGCGUGCUGACUGUCUCACAGGUACAACAAGCAAUCCACGCAUGA